AUUGUUGGACUGCGUAUCCUUGCCGGAGUUCCUGAUCCACUCAAUCAACCCCAUAGAAGAAGACUCCGAUGAAGAAAACAACUCCGACCAACCCGAUGCCGAUAGUAAUUUCACGAAAUUUUAAUGGCUCUGUUCCAAUAGUCGAAAUUUAUUGAAUUCCGUUGAAUCUAACUCAAAAUUCUUGAAAUUUCCAUAGAGUGUUUAGGCAUGUUCCUUCUCUCGCCACUCUCACCAUCAGCAGACUACUGCGAGUGCGAGAUGCAUCUUCGUAUCAGGGAUGUAUCCAGAAAAGUCUCACUUUUGAAAUGCGAGGCAGCCGGAAGUUCACCGGCGGUGUUUAGCCGUACAAACAAUGGAAAAAAGGUGAUGGGCCUGAUGGCACUCAUAAUAGCUGAUGCAAAGUUGGCUUCCAUACACGUUGCAUGGGUUGGGUCCAUCGAGAGUUUCUUCGUCAUUAUGGGCCUCGGCCCAGGAGUUCCUUCUUUUCCUUCUUCGGAGGUAUAGAGGUUAGCCGGGAGGAGGAGGAGGCUAGUAUAUGCAUUUGGGAUAUUCAAUCUUGCUCUUCUGUGCAAAUGCAGGUCCACAACAAAUGGGCAUAACCCCUGUAACCCUAUGCAUUAACUCUUCAAUAUACAUUUUGUUGUAUU